AUGAAGAACGGACAGUGCGCACAGGAGCUACAAUCUUCCACUCAAGCUUCACAUGAGUCCCAAAGUGAACAGAAAAAUAACCAAUCAAUAGAUGCUCCAAUACAAGAUUCUGGUUCAGUAUCUGCUUCAAGCAAUGACAGUAGGAAAGUUUCAAGACAAGACAUUGAACUCGUCCAAAAUUUGAUAGAAAGAUGUCUUCAGUUGUACAUGAACAGAGAUGAGGUUGUGAAGACCCUCUUGACUCGUGCAAGGAUAGACCCUGGAUUUACAACCUUAGUUUGGCAGAAAUUGGAAGAAGAAAAUGCCGACUUUUUCAGGGCUUACUAUAUCAGGUUGAAACUGAAGAAGCAAAUAAUUUUGUUCAAUCAUUUACUUGAGCACCAGUACCAUCUCAUGAAGUAUCCUCCUGUACCUCCAAAAAUUCCUCUAGCACCGAUGCAAAACGGAAUGCAUCAUCCCAUGGCACCUGUUAACAUGCCAAUGGGAUAUCCUGUACUACAACAUCCUCAAAUGCAUGCUCCAGGCCAUCCUCAUAUUGAUGCAAUGGGAAUAUCAAGCUGCCAUGUUGUUAACGGAGUCCCUGCACCUGCGAAUUUCCAACCGAUGAGGAUGAACUCAGCGAACGAUAUGGUGAUCGAUACAACCGCGGAUGAUGCAACUCCUCAAGUAGUUCCACCAAACAGUGGUGGGAUGUCUGAGAUGCCAGCGAGUCCAGCUUCAGUGGCAUCAAGUGGACACUUUCCAUUUGCUGCUUCAGACAUAUCGGGUAUGGUAAUGGACACGUCGGUGCUUGAUUCCGCAUUCACGUCUGAUGUUGGACCAGACGGUGGAGGAGGAGGAGCCGGGAAUUCCGGAGAUUCCCUCAGGUCAUUUGAUCAGAUCCCCUGGAACUUUAGCCUGUCUGAUCUCACCGCAGAUCUGUCAAAUUUGGGAGAUUUAGGAGCCUUAGGAAACUAUCCAGGCUCUCCAUUUCUUCCAUCUGAUUCAGAGAUUUUGCUUGAUUCUCCUGAACAAGAGGACAUAGAAGAGUUUUUCGUGGAUUCCGUGCCUGGACCUCCUUGUUCGAAUUCAGAUGAAGAGAAGCCUUAG